GGAAAUCAAGAUUCUCCGUGAUUCUUUGGCACGAAAUCUGCCAGAAAGUGUAGAGAGUGAGGAGGUGAAGCCCCGUGAGCGAUCCCCCUCACAACAAGUGCAACGGCCCCCAGUAGUUAAAGGAGGUCCAAGCCAUUCCACCCGAACAGGUUCUUGCGCCCACACCACGGGAUGAGCCAGAAACUUCCACCCCUUCAGUUCCUAUUGUGCGGCAGGGGACACCUGGAAGGAUCCCUGAGCAACAAAAAAUGCUGGACGCAGAUCGCAAGAAGUCGGAGAUGGAAAUCAUUCUCAACAAGAAGAAGCCUGAGGAACAAGAUCCUAAGAUAAAGAGCAAGAGAUCUUCCUAUGCAGAGAUCCAGCUUACCUCCCCUACCACCAAAGAGGCUCCAAAACAGGAGUUCAAAACAGAAGUCCGCCAUAAUGUAGCACCUUCUCGUGGAGUCGGAGAGGCACAGUUGCAGAGAGCCAAGCGUGAGCGCAUUAUUCCAAUCAUGCUAGAGGAUGACGAUGAUGAUGACGACCGCACCACCAGCGAGAGCCUUUCUCAUAGUGAGAGCUAAUCUCCAACUCCAGCCUGUCUCUUCAAGUCUGCUUCUGUACUGCUAUACCCUGGGUCGCAUGCAUCAAUAACUACAGCAUUAAUACAUAUUGAGCACUUUCUUAAUUGAACUAAAAUGAUAUAUAGAAUAACAUAUAUUUAAUAGCUGUGUAAGAGUAUAAACUUACUAUUAAAUACAAUAAACUGGACUGAAGUUAAUCCAUAUAACUAUCAAACAAAUUAUUGGCAGUAAUAUAGAGCCAUAAGUGAAAGCAAUGUAAGAAUGAACACACUAUUAGAUACAGCAAACUGGAGUGAAGUUAAUCUAUCAAACAAAUUAUUGGCAGUAAUAUAUAGCCAUGAGAAAGGAAAGAUAGUAUUCUAAUUAUCUCUACAACAGUGAUUUAGUUUUAGUAGCUCUGAUAGUUGAAAAGGUCAAAUGUAUAAGAUAGAGAGCAGAGGUACCAACUUGAUCAGGUACCAAACAAGAUUCAUCACAAUGUUCUUGGGUGAAUGAGAUUGCUAGAACAUAUUCAACAUGAUUAGAAAUGUUCUUAUAGACUUAGCUGUGCUUGUAGCAAAUAACCACUCUGCUUAAUAAAUGGCCCAGAAGUUAAUACUUCACCAUAAGGAAUCCAUAGAAAAAUAAUGCAUAAAUCUGUGAUGCAUUCGAGUAGACAAGGGACAUCAGGCUCACUUCCUCAUCACACCUCAAAGAACUGUGGUAAGAACACCAAAUGAAACUGGAAAUGAAUAUGGGGUUCAGUAUACUAAUCACUUUUGUAUGUAGACACAUCAUGAUAAGUAAUAAUCUAAAAGGAGAUGAAAGCAGUAAGAGUGUCAUAAAAAGAUUUUCCUCCUUUUUUUCUGUGGUGCUACUAAAAAUUUUGCAUCUGUAUUUUGUUAAUUUUCAUAGAAAGAAUUCCAG